GUGAUCAAAAAAAUGCGUAGCAGAAGCGACUCAGGAGUCAGGCUGGAUUACUACCAGCGGGUGAUCCACAAUGUGAUAAUGAACCACCAGAACCCGGUGACGGGUCUGUUUCCUUUGAGCGAAGACCUGGACCAUGCUUGGAUCCGGGACAACGUGUACUGCAUCCUGGCAGUGUGGGGGCUGUCGAUGGCCUACAAGAAGAUAGCAGAUGUCGAUGAAGACCGGGCGAAGACCUACGAGCUGGAGCAAAGCUGCGUGAAGCUGAUGCGAGGGCUUCUGAUGGCGAUGAUGCACCAGAAGGACAAGGUGGAGAAGUUCAAGAUCACCCAGAGUCCUUUGGACGCGAUCCAUGCCAAGUAUUCCUCGACAACUGGUCAAGCUGUGGUGAGAGACAACGAGUGGGGACAUCUGCAGAUUGAUGCUGUGUCCUUGUACCUGCUGAUCUUGGCCCAGAUGACAGCCUCAGGGUUGCAAAUCAUCUUCAACUUGGAUGAGGUCGCCUUCAUCCAGAACCUGGUCUUCUACAUAGAGUCCGCGUACUGCAUUCCAGACUACGGAAUUUGGGAGCGCGGCGACAAGACCAACCACGGACUGCCUGAGCUAAACGCCAGCAGCAUUGGAAUGGCCAAAGCAGCCAUGGAAGCAAUGAACGAAUUGGACCUGUUUGGCGCCAGAGGCGGACCCACUUCAGUGAUCCACGUUCUAGCGGACGAAGCCCAGAAGUGCCAGGCUGUUUUACAAUCGAUGCUUCCCAGAGAAUCCAAUUCUAAAGAAUUGGACAGUGGAUUGCUUUGCAUCAUAAGCUACCCUGCGUUCGCCGUUGAUGAGCCAAAUCUGAUCCAACUGACCCGGGACACGAUCACCAAGAAGCUCCAGGGGAAAUACGGCUGCAAGAGGUUCCUCCGUGAUGGCUAUCGCACGCCAAAGGAAGAUCCCAAUAGGCUGUACUACGAACCCUGGGAAUUAAGGAUGUUUGAGAAUAUCGAGUGCGAGUGGCCUUUGUUCUACUGCUACCUCAUCUUGGAUUACUGCUUCCAAGGAAACACUGGAGUGGUGACGGAUUACAUGAAUUCGCUGGAGAAGAUUCUGGUCCAGACAGAAGAUGGAAUUAAAUUGGUGCCAGAAUUGUACGCAGUGGCGCCUGAGAAUGUGGAAGCUGAAUAUGCUGAACCUGGAAGCCAGCCGAGGCUACCUUUAGGACGCUGUCCCUUCAAGUGGGCCCAGUCGUUGUACAUUCUGGGGAAGCUUCUGCAGGAAGGAUUUCUUGCUGUUGGAGAACUGGAUCCACUUAACAGAAGACUCUGCAGCGAAAAGAAGCCAGAUGUGGUUGUCCAGGUGGUGAUUCUUGCUGAAGAUGAUGAUGUUAGGGAGAAGAUUGCCCAGCAUGAUAUCCAUGUGCAAACUAUUGCUGAAGUGGCGCCAAUUGAGGUCCAGCCUGCUAAAGUUCUCAGCCAUUUGUACACUUAUCUAGGCCGUAAUAAGAAGUUGGGUCUUUCUGGAAGGAAGUCCAGGGACGUUGGUAUCCUCAGCACCAGCAAACUCUACUCACUCCAGGACAAGAUCUUCGCGUUUACACCUCAGUUAACCGAUAUGACACGUUUCUACAUCGCAUCAGACUACGAAUUAAUGAUCGAUAUAUUCAAAGGUGAAAUAAACUUCUUGAAGUCUAGCUGGCAAAAUAUGUUAGGUCGACCACUUGUUGUAAUGCCACUCAAGAAUAUCCAUUUAGGUAAAAAUUUCGAUGCGGAAGAAUUUUACGUUACGAACGACGCCGAUUUUUUAGCGAAUAUUUUUACAACAAACUUGGCAUUUCUCGGUAUCAACUGGAGACAAAUGCUUGGCAGACCGACAAUAACCAUUGUAGCUACUCAUAAUCACUUAGAUCAUGGCAAAAUUCCGCUAGCGAUGAUCACCACGAUGAAGAAGUUGAAGAGUGGUUACAUCAACGGUACCAGAGUGUCAUUGGGGAAUCUCAAUGACUUUCUGACCACUUCUUGCAUUACCAAUCUAAGUUUCUUAGGCAGCGCUGAAGAAGGAAGACCAGACAUACUAAAUCCGCAGGUUCAAAAGUACCUGGACGAGCACCUGAUGCGCGCCUUUCCUCACCGUUCGGGGCUUCUAGACCGUCCCGCCGUGCGCAGUGGCAAAAACCUGCGCCGGAAAAUGUCCUUCAAGGGAGCAAUUAAGAAAACCCGAUCAAUUGCUGUCGAACCUGAAAUUCUUGGAAUGGCAGGCGAAGAUCGUCGGCCUUCUACUGUCAUGCCAAUUAAUCCCUUUAUUGAAGUCACGGAUACUGCUUCGACGUCUCUGCAAGCUGAUGCAGAAUCUAAGCCAGAGAAGAGGACACCUUCACCAGAAAUACCAGCUACUGAUGAUGUGCUUCCGAGGAAGCACAGAAUUCGCACUCUAACAGAGACUCAGUAUGCUGAUACCGAAGUCGAGGAACUUAUGGCGAUGCUGCGCGAAACUGAGAGCUUGGAAGAGCAAGGAGACAUUUUGCAGUAUUUGGUUGAUACCCAAGGACUGCAGUUCAAUACAGGAAUGAUCGAAAACGGGCAUCCUGUUUUGGUAAAAGAUCUCUUGAAAGGUGUCUAUGAAAAGGCUUGUCAGCAAAAAAUGUGGGGAAUUGUCCGACAUACAGCAGGAAUGUUAGGAAAGAGGGUGGAAGAUCUAGCCAAAGCUGUUACUGAUCUUCUGGUGCGACAGAAGCAAGUUACAGUUGGAAUGCCACCGACAAAUGAGCACACAAUUGUAGCGCCUCUUCCAGAAAACGAGCUGCGUUCACUAAUCCACCAGGCGUACGGCGACGACGAGUCAACAGCAAUGUUGACCCAGGAACUUCUGGUCUACUUGGCGAUGUUCAUCCGAACGGAACCUCAGUUGUUCCACGAAAUGCUGCGGCUUCGCGUGGGUCUGAUCAUCCAGGUUAUGGCGACUGAGUUGUCACGAACUCUAAUUUGCAACGGCGAAGAAGCUUCUGAGCACCUGCUCAAUCUCUCGCCGUUUGAGAUGAAGAACUUGCUCCACCAUAUUAUGAGCGGGAAGGAAUUCGCGAUUAGCAGCGUCGGUCGGGGAAAUUUCUCGAUAAUUUCCUACAAGUCGAACCGGGUGAGCAAGAAGUCACAAAUCGGAGGGUUCUUGAAUGAUCAGACGGACGUCAAUGAGGCAGAACCUGAUCGUCAGGGUCAGUGGUUGAGAAGAAGGCGCCUAGAUGGCGCCUUGAAUCGCGUGCCCAGGGACUUUUAUCCAAGAGUUUGGCAAGUGCUAGAGCGCUGCCAGGGGCUGGCUAUCGAGGGAAAAGUCCUGCCUCAGCACCUCACCCAGGAGAUGACUUCUGGGGAGCUGAAAUUUGCUCUAGCGGUUGAGACUGUUCUUAAUACCAUUCCGCAGCCGGAGUACAGGCAAUUGGUAGUAGAGGCGCUGAUGGUUCUUACCCUGGUUACGGAGUAUAAUGUGGUGGCUUCUUUGGGGGGCAUGAUUGUUCCCAAAAACCAGCGAGAAACAACGCCAAUGGGAACUUUACUAUGCGGCGGCGCUGCGUACAUCUGCCAGCACUUCUACGACAGCGCUCCAAGCGGCAGUUUUGGAACUAUGACCUAUAUAACGCGUGCCAUAGCUUCUUUUUUGAACUUUCUGCCCAAGGAGGGUGACCUUGAGUGCAGUAUAUCUUGA